AUGCACGUUGAGUCCACGAGAUCUCGCGAUCUCUGCACAGAGCUGCGCGUUGCCGCGGACCAAGUCUGUAAUCUAUUCCAUCCCACGGAUCCGUGCAGUUUUCGAGUUGAGCCAAUUCUCCAUCCUCGAUUCGAUCAGAUUAUCCCAUUACAUGUGCCACAAUACGCUCACUAUCCGCUCGGUGACAGUCAACCGACUAGUCUGGUGGAGACUCUAGUCCGCCAGGCCAAACUAUUUGAGACCGACGUGGGUUUGCAAUCCACACAGGCAGAUGGGAACACAAUGGGAAACACGACUAGUGAGCGAGUGCCACUGAAUGCGCGGAAUUGGGAAAAAGCCACAAUGAUUGCUUUUGAGGCAUUGAAGAAGGUGCGUCAGAAUUGGUGGGGUCAGCAUCGUGUGGAUUACUGUGUGCAUUGUCCCGAAGGUGUUCAAGGUCUUUUAGCACGAGCCCGAGCGCCGAUUUUUCACGCCAGCUAUUGGGAGUCCAGUGAUGUGGCUGCAUUUGUCCUUCGCCAGUCUCCAAAUUGUGCGCGCCCUUUGAUUUGCGAAGUCACAGUGACUAUCAGUUAUAUCAAACUUGAUUUCCCACCGGCUCCUAUGCAUAUCGGAAAUCAUCAGAUUGUAAUCGAAACGUGCUUCAGUCUGCCGGAAAACUCGUACGCCGUCGAUAUGGAUGAUGAUGUGGCCGUUUCUGGUCUGAUGGAUUUGUCCCGAGAUACCCAUGUGGGAUUAGAAAAUUCGGUGCAUCCCCUUCCGUCGACUAAUUCUACUGGCAAUCGACCCAGUUCUUCCUCCUUACUUGGUUCCCGUUUCCGAUUACGAAGACAAGGAUCUGAAAGCUCAAAGGUGGUUUAA